CCGACAGUGGACCAUCACCUCCCGUUUUCGCUGUGGAACUCUGUUCUGUUCUAGCUGUAGCUAGAACGCUGCUGCUUCGACUGGACUCAGUGACGCACUGAAGCGUUGUAUAAGUAUUCCGCCAAGAAAAUCAGUCAUAUUUUUAAUAACUGCGCAUGAAGUCAUGCCUCUCGUUUUGUAACACGCUCGUUUGGUACUUCGCGUAUUUAAGGUGAUAGUACAACCGAAAGAGGCAUUGCUCUAGAUCCUGGUGGGGAGCCAUGAACAAGGUUCAGGUGGGUGACGUCUCCAUUGUUCCGCCUGCGCCCGGUGUAGCAGCCCAGACAGCGGUAGUUGUGAUGGCAGUCCCGGAGAGCAUGGACACUCAUGGGGAGAAGCGGCUCUCGGUUAACGAGCUGUCGGUCUUCUCCUGCUCGGGCGGCAGAGAAAGGCUUCCGGGGGACAGUCGAGACAACUCGCCCAGACAAGAGCCGGCGGUAGCCCCCCCACCGACUGUUCAUCGGACCACAUCUUUUUCUGUUCUGGACAUUUUGGACCCAAACAAAUUUACCAGUAAAAAACAUCCGAACAGGACUGGAAGCGACUACUCCAUCGGGACAGAGAAUAGAGGGGGCGAAGACUCAAAUCUUGCGUUAGAUCAGAAAAAUUAUUCAGAAGAAUACGAUACUUGUAAAAAGUCUUCAGGAUUACUAAAGGACGGGUUCGUGUACAAAUCAGACGAAUGUGAGAAUGACUUCAGCAGAAGCACUCACACUGACAGCGAGAUUCAGGACGAGCUGUGCAGCGAGGAAAGCAGUGGUACUCUUGUCGGCAACGUGGACACGGAGCUGGGACACCACGACGAGGAGGGCCUGAUGACCCGGAGCUCAAGCCCCAGUGGUCAGCAAACACAGCAGCCCGGACAGAACGGACAGAGUCAGCAAGCGAAACCGAAAAGAAAGCGCUCUGGGUCGGAUUCCAAGUCGGGUAAACCACGGAGGGCCCGGACAGCAUUCACCUACGAACAACUUGUGGCGCUGGAGAAUAAAUUUAAGUCCACCAGAUACCUGUCCGUCUGUGAGCGACUCAAUUUGGCCCUAUCCCUCAGUUUGACAGAGACUCAAGUCAAGAUCUGGUUCCAGAAUCGUCGGACCAAGUGGAAGAAGCAGAACCCAGGCGCAGAUACAAGCGCCCCGACGGGCGGUGGCAGUGGUGGUCCGAACGGAUCGAGCAAUGUAGGAGGUCUUAGCCCGCUGAGUCCGUCUCCCCCCAUGAGCGGUCAUUUGUCAAUGCACACAAGCUACCCGGGUCAUACACCCGGCGGACUUGUCUGUACCACCCAAUUACCCUUUCUGCCAAGUCACGCGGUACUGUCACCUUUCAUGCUGGGAUCUCAGACUUACGGCGCGCCGGCAUUUUACACUCCGCACUUGUAAAGACUGCUGGAAAUACGUGUGUUUUAUAUCAAACUGAACUAGUGUUUCCAAGUGUUUCCAUAAGGUUUGUAAAGUACACCGAUUUUAAUAAAUACAGUGACUUGAAAGAACACACAAUGUCACUUCACAGAUAACGUUUUGGAUGUUUAUUCAACCUCUGUUGGAGAAAAUAAAAAGGCCCCCAACUUUAAAGACUUCUAUGUGCAUCUAAUGCUGAAGGUGGGCACACUGUUUUGUGUUGUGUCUUCCCUCGGAAAUGUUUAGUUAUGUUUUGUUGUGUCUUUUUACGGACAUAAUAGGCUACGUGCUAAUUACAAAGUAAUUCUUCCAUAUAUGGAGAAUGGGUUUUGAUAUUUAAUUUUGUUAAAAUGUGUUUUUGUCUCUGGGCCAUGUAGACCUGUGUAUAUUUAAAUGGUGACAAAUAUUUAAGCGAUCAAUCUCAUACAUUGAAUGCAAUUUUCAAAAAAGAAAAUAUAAUUAUAAUGUAUACAUACAACGCAGAGUACGUCACUGAAUCAUGUCAUUUAGAAAAAAAAGUUUUGUAUCACUUCUUCUCUGGAAUGGCUUGUAAUACUUAUAAGUAUUGUUUUAUUAGAAUGUAAAAGGUUGUCCGACAAAACGUAAAACUGUUAUUAUAGGCCUAGGUCUACUCAGUUUAUUUUCUGAGUAGCAUUACUUUACAGUGGUUAUUCGGUCAGAUACCUUCCUUUGAAUUGUUUCCAAAAGGGUGAGCCUGUAUGAA